AUGCCGCCACCUAAACGCAAGGUUCUCGCUACGAUAGACAGCACCAUUACGCCGCCUGACGAGCUCUCUCCCAAUCACUUCAUCGCGCGCAUCACCAAGGCGGAGGGAAAGAAUCUAUACUCUGCAGAGCUUCCAGAUGGGAAGCCUGUUCUCGCAGAGCUCGAGCCCAAGUUCCGGUCGACGGUUUGGAUAAAGCGGGGUAGCUACGUAGUGGUGGACACAUCUGCGCUGGCGGAUAGGGAUAACAAGCUGGAUGGGGAGAUUGUCAACAUAGUCAGGGACGAGAAGGCGUGGAGGAAGAUGAGCUACUGGCCCAAGGAGUUCGCUAAGAAAUCCACAUACGUCGAGGACAGCGACGAGGAAGAAUCUACCGUUGGCAAGAUGCCGCCUACAGAUUCGGAUGAGGAGUGA